UGACAUUCCGCUGCAGACCCGCCGCUCUUCUGCCGCUGCACACCGGCGGCGCUUCCUCCUGCAGCCGCCCGGAGGCUGCGGGGACACCGGGACACCGGGACACCGGGGCCGGAGCACGGGACCGGGACUGGGAGAGAAACUUGGAGAUCUGUCCCGCCUGGUUUGUCCGAGCCUAACGCGCGUCACUUUGCGAGUCUGUGGCAGAGUCCGGGUCGGUCCUGGAUCUACAGCGCUGGAGCAGACAGACAGACAGGGAGAGAGAGAGACAGACAGGCAGGACGAGAGAGAGACACACACUGGCAAAGAGGGAAGAGGACAGCCCUGCGCACUCCACAGGACUAGAAACAACAUUUUUUGGAGACGGUCCUCUCCGUGGACGCACAACCAGACAGAGGGGCAGACAGGCAGGAAGACAGGCAGGCAGGCAGACAGACAGGCAGAUGUGUCUAGGCCUGUAGGGCCCCUGGUGUGCAGAUGCUGGGUUUCAUCAUGAGGCCCCUGGUGUUCCUGCAGCUGCUGCUGCUGCUGGACGGAGCCGCGACGGAGCGGCAGGAACCGGCUGGUUCUGGUUUUGUUGUCAGAGGUUCCAGAAGCAAACGGUAUGCCAUCAACCCUCUGGGACACAGAUGGAAACAUCACAACAUCACCUACAGGAUCACUCAGUUUCCUAACACUCUGAAUGUGGAGGACACCAGGAAGGCCAUCAGCAUUGCCUUCACCAAGUGGAGCGACGUGUCGCCGCUGACCUUCAGCGAGGUUACCGACGGCAACGCCUCAGCUGACAUCACCAUCGGUUUCUACACCUUCAACCACACAGACUGCUGGUGGUCUCCUCUCCACCCGUGUUUCGACGGUUUGAACGGCGAGCUAGCUCACGCCUUCCUGCCCCCCCGUGGAGAAAUUCACUUCGACAACCACGAGUUCUGGAUCCUGGGCAAGUCCAGGUUCAGCUGGAAGCAAGGUGUGUGGUUGAACGACCUGGUCCAGGUGGCGGCUCAUGAGAUUGGUCACGCUCUCGGCCUCUGGCACUCCCGGGACCCUCAGGCCCUGAUGCACCCGAACGCCACGUACACGGGCCAGAGGAACAUCGCACAGGAUGACGUGUGGGGCAUCCAGAGGCUCUACGGUUGUCUGGAUAAGAAGCGAGUCUGUGAUCCGUGGGCUCGACUCGGCUUCUGCGAGAGGAGGAAGACUUUCAUGAAGAAGAACUGUCCUAAGCGCUGCGACCUCUGCUAUGAACCCCUGGAGGCGGUUGCCACGCCGACGCCUCCGCCAGACAACCUGAAGAUCAAGCUGGUUCCCCGGGGGAAGGUGGUGGGCUUCCGCUGUGGAACCAAAAACCCCAGAUCAACACCCAAAGUCAGCUGGUUUAAGGACGGUGAGCAGAUCCUGACCUCCAUCCCUGGCUACAUUGUCAUGAAGGACCGAGACCUCCGCAUUGUCGCCAACGAGUUCAACGAGGGUGUGUACACCUGCCGUAUCCAUCGCCGCGGUAACGUCAUCUCCGCCAAUUCCUGGGCCAUCCGGCUGAAACCUGAACAGCCGUCCAACAGCUGAACGCAUGGCCAGGGAUGGAAGGACAACAUAAGUCUCCUCCACUGCGUAGGGCGUGGUCAGACCUACAGAGGGGCGGAGUUUGAAGUCGCCGUCAUUAUCGGCUGUGACAGGCGGCAUCUCUCACUCUGCUCUGUUUUCUGUUUUGUGGCUCCAAACUGAACACGUCUCAACUUGAGCCGUUGAACGUUUACGUGACACCAGGCGCUGAAACAGCUGUGGGAUCAGGUGAUGAAGCCAUGCGUCAGAAAUCUUCAUCGUCCACUACAGAACAAACUCCUCAUCCUCUGUGACCUGCGGACACAUUGCUAAUUUCCUCUGAUUUUCUAGCUAGCUCAGGGGUUUUCAAACCUUCUCAUGUUCUGGACCCCUGAGUUGACUUUCAAUAAGCUGUGGACCCCCAUCUGAAGCAAUUUGGCCCCACAGGGGCCCUGAUAUCAAGAGAUAUUUUAGUUGGUGUGUAGUACAAAAUGUUCAUUAAAGGCCACAAAAUCUGAUUCAGUAUCACUAAUUUGACUGUUAAAGGAAUUCUCCAACAUUUUGGGCAAAAUCCUCUUUCCCCAAUGUCCCC